CCGCUCUUCAGUCCGUGUCAAAGUUCCGCGAGUAACGGCGGCGGCGGCGGAGAAUGGCGAACAUCCGCGGCUUCUUACUCUUCGGGGCGCUGAUUCUGGCGAUGCUGAACACUUCGGCGUCUGAAGGACAACAGAAGAGAAUCAGACAGAAGAGAGAGUGGAUUAUCCCUCCACAGAAACUGAGGGAAAAUUAUGAUUACACACACAAGGAAUACAUAGCCAAAAUCCGUUCGGAUGAGGAGACCAGGACGAGUAUCCUAUACUCUCUGAGCGGGUCCGGUGCUGACCAGCCCCCCUUCAACCUGUUCACCGUUAAUAGCGAGAGCGGCUUGGUCAGGAUCCACGGAGUGUUAGACCGAGAGAAAACUCCCAUUUAUUACCUCCGAGGGGUGGCCAAGUUUCUGAAUGGCAGUAACGCUGAGAAAGACAUCGAACUGAGAAUCGUGGUGGAGGAUGAGAACGACAACCCUCCCGUGUUCAACAUGACAACCAUCGGAGCGGUUUACGAGCGGAGCGCAGUAGCCGAGUUCGUGACGAUGGUCACCGCGACCGACGCCGAUCAAGAAGGAACUCUGCAUACAAAAGUGGCCUACAGCAUCGUCAGCCAGCAGCCCGAGAACAUGUUCUACAUCAGUCGGGACACGGGCGGGAUACACGUCAUGCACAGCACCCUCGACAGAGAGAAACAAGAAACAUACACGUUGAUCAUUAAAGGGACUGAUCUGAAUGGGGAUGUGAACGGAAGAACGGGAACAGGAACCGCUGUCAUCAAGAUCCUCGACGUCAAUGACAACAUCCCAACGCUGGAGAAAAACUUUUACGAGUGCCGUGUGGAAGAAAACACUAGAAACGUGGAAGUGGUGAGGAUCCGAGCGAUCGACGCCGAUCUGAUCUACACCGAAAACUGGCUGGCCGUCUUCACAAUCGUGUCAGGAAACGAAGCGGGUUAUUUCUCCAUAAUCACAGACAACAAGACCAACGAAGGCAUCCUGAUUCUCAAUAAGGAGCUGGACUUCGAGGAGCUGAAGGAAGUGAAGCUGCAGGUGUCUGUCGCUAACAAGGCUCAGUAUCACUCUUCGGUAGUCGUGACCGAGAGCAAGACGUACACCGUCCACGUCAGCGUGGUCAACCAGCCCGAGGGCCCUCGCUUCAAACCCGCCGUCAAAGUCAUCACCAUCUCUGAAGAAAGCACCACCACUAUUUUACAAAAAGUCAUAACCAAUUACGCAGCAAUAGACAGCGACACGCUCCUGAUCGCCAGUAACGUGAGGUAUGCAAAAGGGAAAGAUAUUGACAACUGGUUGAUUAUAGACGAGAGAACGGCCGAUAUAAGACUCAAUAAAGUACCGGAUUACGAGUCCAAGUUUCUGAAGAAUGGCACAUACUACGCUGAGAUAAUCUGCAUCACUAAUGACGCAAAGUCUAAAACUGCAACGGGGACCAUUGCCAUUCAAGUGAAGGACUUUAACGACCACUGUCCUGUGCUGAGCCGCCAGUCUCAAACGCUGUGCUAUGAGGAGAACGUGGUUUACGUCACGGCUGUGGACAAAGAUCAGUUCCCCAAUGGAGCGCCCUUCGGUUUCGAAGUGAACACCAUCCACACGAAGGAGUCGUGGAGCGUCGAGACUCUCAACGACACUACAGCGAUAUUCCGGUCUCAUAAAACGCUGUGGCCGGGCACGUACAGUGUGUCUGUGGAUGUGUGGGACCAGCAGGGGAAGAUCUGCUCCGAUCAGACGCUUCAGAUAGAAGUCUGCACGUGUGACGCAGCUAAGGUCUGCCUGCAAAAGAUCACCUCCACGAUUGGAGCGUCUGGCGUUCUUAUAAUGCUGCUGGGACUGCUGCUGCUCCUGUUGCUGCCUCUUCUGCUGCUCUUCUGUCUCUGUGGAGGCGCCGGCGCUGCGGGAGAUUUCAAGAGCAUGCCGUUUGAUACUAGAGAGCAUCUCAUCACAUAUAACAUUGAAGGACAGGGGGAGGACAAGGAAAUGGCCCUCUUACAGAUGUCAAAGGAUCUGGAGAACAACAAGCACAGUAAUGUGGGGGCCGUGGGAGGAGCUCAGAUCUGGGCCGGAGGAAAGGACGGCGGAGCCGGAGCAGAGGGCUCGCGCUGGACCUCGUUCUACGACCAGCACGACAGCGCGUUUCAUCACCACAGCAGUCAGGUAGACGGGCGGUACGUGUACGGACAAAGAAAAGAGGAACACGGCAGAUUUGAAGACUAUGCGUUUGACGGGCUCGCGCUUUCCGACGCUUUCUUAUGCAACUACUAUUCUCAAAAAGCAAGUCAUGUGGCUAAGAAGCAAGACAAGGGAGACAGUGUAAAGAUCUACGACUACGAGGGUCAGGAAUCAUACAAGGGCUCUUUCGAGGACAUCUGCGGUCUCUUACACGAAGACGACGACUUUGCUUUUCUCGAUGACCUUGAUGUGAAGUUCAAGACUCUGGCUGAGAUCUGUAGAGGUUCUACAAUAGAGGCUGAAACCAGCACCACCGUACCUGUGUCCACCAAACCGGUCCUGUCCGCCGCACACAAAGACGUCAGCAUACAAGGGACAUCUAGUCAUUUACAGUCUCAGGAGAAAACAAGCUCGUCUGCCAUCGUUCGCACCGCAGGAGUGCAGCAGACCAGCAGCAUGUCUUCAACCGGAGUCUAUGUCCAAGAUACAGUAACGGUUCCUAACCAGACCCUGUUAGUCCAGCAGCCCGCGCUGUACUACGCUCCCGCCGCCCCCGUUUAUGUGAUGGAAGCCCAGCCGACUCUGCUGGUGACGCCCGCGGUCCUAGGCCUUCAGGAGAACCUGUUACUGGGGCAGAAGAAGGGCUCUGGAGCUUCUGCCACACGUGAAAUGCAGCACUUCCAGAGCGUAGUUCUUGUUGACAAGCAGCCGCCCGAAGGGUCUUCGCUAACUGGAGGAGCGAUGCAGAUGGCCAACACUGAAAUGAUGCAGUCCGUGAAAGCUCAAGGGGUUAAGCGUGCACUCCAUCCAUCCGCCCAGAUGGUUAACACUGAAAUAAUGCAGUCCACUGAGGUUCACGAGGUCAGACGGGCGGUGCAUCCAGCCAGAAGAGUGAUGGCAGGAGCGGCCAUAGAGACAGAAGUCUAUGCUUCGGUGGAUAAGAGGGUUCCUCAAAGUCUGUAAGCGUCUGGGAUGCACCGAUAAUACAGCCGAUAACCGAUAAUUCAUCAAUGCCCUGGUUUUCUUAAACUCCAGGCGAAUUGAAUGUUGCUGUCAACUUUGUAAUGUAUUUCCAACUAAAAUGGGAUAUUGAAGAGAGUUUUAUUUUAAUGCUUCUCCCGUCCUUCUUUUACUCACAGAGAGCUAAAGAGGAAGUUUAGAAUAUUUGUCGCCCGAAGCGACCUUAAGCAGUGUGCGCUAACAAAGUAAAUAGUGAACAUUUGAAUGAAAAAAUCACAUGACACAUUUCUAUAAUAAUAUAACCCUGGAUUGUUUUAUUUAACUGCUGUCUAUCUUCAGAUAUAAUCAAAUUAAAACUCAAAUGCUUGUAUACAACUAAAUUAAAGUUGCACAUGAGGUAGUUUUUGAAAACAUUUUAUUAAAAUCAAGUUUUAUUCCAACAUUCGCUGUUUUGUGGCGGUUGACAGUUAUGAUCGGUCUAAAUGAUCGCUGCGAGACGCUGAAAUUACUUGACACUUUACAAAAAUUGGGUUUAUUAUUGUUAGUAUUAUUAUUAUUAGGAUUUUUUCAUUUAUUUUUAUAGCAAUACCUGGCAACACUGCAUCGGUGGCACUUAAAUUGACAGCAACCAAAAAUCCCAUGGACAGGUUAUUGCUGACAGGAUAGCGCAACUGAUAAGAAAACACUACAAAUAUAACACUAUCUCAUUGUUAUUGAGUCAUUACCAACUUUUUAAACAGUAACACUAGUGCACAGAUUCGUAGAAUAAGUUACAGAAUUAAAUAAAAUAUGCAAACACUAGCUAUGAAGAUGUCUAUUUCUUUCAGUAUAGUACAGUAUAGCAUAUCGUUGCAUGCUUAAUAAAAUGAUCCACCCCUAACCUAUAGUAAAACAUUCACAUUUUUCACACGUUUUACACAAUACAUUAUAUAAUUUGGACAUUUUUCAUCCCUAUAAAAACAUUUCAAAACUACAUCUCUGUCUCAUUUAAAGAGUUUUAGUGAUUUUAAAGAUUUUAGCACCCUGGCUACGGCCAUGAGUCCAUUACUUAUUAAGAAAAUAGGGACAACCCAUCGAGACAGUGCCCAGGCGGCGACCGGUUUGGAUUUGGACAAGCCCUGAGUGCACCAGCGCCAUGUGCUUUAGACGUGGUGUUUAUAUCAUUAAAAUAGGGCUCAUAGGGUCAAAUAGAACUAGCAUUAACAAUGCUAAUUGUUUUAUAGGAUUGUAUUUUCUAAUCCACAGCCCUACAUUAGAGGCAUUUGCUGACUGUGCCCUUUUGUUUCACAGCAUGUAAUUAGCCCUGAUCAUGCCUGUGUUUCAAAAGGGUUUCGUUUACCGAUACCGAUAUUUGGCCGAUAUAUAUCAGUGCAUCCCUGGUAAGAUCGGUGGCACAUCGCCUCCACUUGCUCUUAAUCCAAUCAAGCUCUUCCAGGUUUCUCCCCAUUGAAUAUCCAUAUCCAUAUGCAUUCUGGACUGAUUCUGGAUCAACACUGUCUAACAGGCCCUCGGGGGUCACUUCCUGGAUCACUGGAAUGAUUUUUGAGCCUUCUGAGCUUUCACACACACUUCCAUAACCUUAAAUAUAUUCAUGUUUGUAGCGGAAAAACCAAAAUAAAUAAAGAAUUACGAUGCAUUUGUAUUGAUUCUUAUAGCUGUUUUACAGAUCUGGCAUUCGUGGCACUGCAUAUAUUUUUGCUAUUUUUUAUGAAAUGUGCAGUUUUUUUGCUCGUUUGUAAGUUACUUUGGAUAACGAAUUAUUGUAAAUAUUCGAUUGUUUUCCAGUACGUAAAGGCUGUGUAAUGAUCAUCGUCCCGUGAACUCCUGCACAAAUGAAGAUUUGAUCUUAAAAAUGUUUAUAUGGAUCAAACUUUUUUUAUUGUUUUUAUUUUUUGCUGUUGAUGAGGUGUUUUUGGUGAAGUAACAGUCUGCUGUAAAUAUCCUUUAAUAAUCAAAUAAUCUUUAAGGAAGACUUUGAGCUCAUUGUAUUGUAUCGCUGGGGUAUAGUGCUUACAUUAUACUGUCUGAUCGAUGUGAGGCUAUUAAACAGUUAAUAAAGAA